CGCGGGCGCGGCGGGGCGGAGCGGCCGGACUAGCAGCGGGCUGGAGGCCGGGCGGGGACCCGGGCCGGGACCGGCGGCGCGCGGUGGCCGAGGCCCAGCUCCAGGAGGCGCGCCCUGAGCCCGGGAGGCAUGCUGAGGCCAGGCCGCAGGCAGGAUGAGUGUGAACGAGGCAGGCAGCUCCGGCCGCCUGGGGCAGGCGGCCUACCACCUGCACAUCUACCCGCAGCUGGCCACCAGCGAGAACCAGGCCUCCUGCCAGGCCUCGUGCCGCGUGACAGCCACCAAGGACAGCACCACGUCCGAUGUCAUCCAGGACGCCAUCGCCAGCCUGCGGCUGGACGGCACCAAGCGCUACGUGCUGGUGGAGGUCAAGGAGACGGGCGGGGAGGAGUGGGUGCUGGACGCCAACGACUCGCCCGUGCACCGCGUGCUGCUGUGGCCACGGCGGGCGCAGGACGAGCACCCCCAAGAGGACGGCUACUACUUCCUGCUGCAGGAGCGCAACGCAGAUGGGACCAUCAAGUACGUUCACAUGCAGCUGGUGUCCCAGGCCACGGCCGCCCGUCGCCUGGUGGAGCGCGGCCUCCUGCCCCGGCCGCAGGCAGACUUUGACGAUCUGUGCAACCUACCCGAGCUGACCGAGGAGAACCUCCUGAAGAACCUCAAGCACCGCUUCCUGCAGCAGAAGAUCUACACGUAUGCCGGGAGCAUCCUCGUGGCCGUCAACCCCUUCAAAUUCCUCCCCAUCUACAACCCCAAGUACGUGAAGAUGUACGAGAACCAGCAGCUGGGCAAGCUGGAGCCGCACGUGUUCGCACUGGCCGACGUCGCCUACUACGCCAUGCUCCGCAAGCACGUCAACCAGUGCAUUGUCAUCUCGGGCGAAAGCGGCUCCGGCAAGACGCAGAGCACCAACUUCCUGAUCCACUGCCUCACCGCCCUGAGCCAGAAGGGCUACGCCAGCGGCGUCGAGAGGACCAUCCUCGGCGCUGGCCCAGUGCUGGAGGCUUUUGGGAAUGCUAAAACAGCCCACAACAACAAUUCCAGCCGAUUUGGGAAAUUCAUCCAGGUCAACUACCUGGAGAGUGGCAUCGUGAGAGGAGCUGUUGUUGAAAAAUACCUGCUUGAAAAGUCUCGCCUGGUCUCUCAGGAGAAGGAUGAGAGGAACUACCACGUGUUUUAUUAUUUGUUACUUGGCGUCAGCGAGGAAGAGCGUCAGGAAUUUCAGCUCAAGCAGCCUGAAGAUUAUUUCUACCUCAACCAGCAUAACUUGAAGAUCGAAGAUGGGGAGGACCUGAAGCACGACUUUGAAAGACUCAAGCAGGCCAUGGAGAUGGUGGGCUUCCUCCCUGCCACCAAGAAGCAGAUUUUUUCCAUCCUCUCGGCCAUCCUGUAUCUGGGCAACGUCACUUACAAGAAGAGAGCCACGGGCCGAGACGAAGGCCUGGAGGUUGGGCCCCCCGAGGUGCUGGACACGCUGUCGCAGCUCCUGAAGGUGAAACGAGAAAUCUUGGUGGAAGUUCUGACCAAAAGAAAAACAGUGACCUCCAACGACAAGCUCAUCCUUCCCUAUAGUCUCAGUGAGGCCAUCACCGCCCGUGACUCCAUGGCCAAGUCACUGUACAGCGCCCUAUUCGACUGGAUCGUGCUACGGAUCAACCACGCCCUCCUUAACAAGAAGGACAUGGAAGAGUCCGUCUCAUGCUUGUCCAUCGGGGUCCUCGACAUCUUUGGGUUUGAAGACUUCGAGAGGAACAGUUUUGAGCAAUUCUGCAUCAACUACGCCAACGAGCAGCUCCAGUAUUACUUCAACCAGCACAUUUUUAAACUGGAGCAGGAGGAGUACCAGAGCGAAGGGAUCUCGUGGCACAACAUCGACUACACAGACAAUGUUGGCUGCAUCCAUCUUAUCAGCAAGAAGCCCACCGGCCUCUUCUAUCUGCUGGACGAAGAGAGCAACUUUCCCCACGCCACGAGCCAGACCCUGCUGGCCAAGUUCAAACAGCAGCACGAGGACAACAGGUAUUUCCUCGGCACGCCCGUCAUGGAGCCGGCGUUCAUCAUCCAGCACUUCGCAGGGAAGGUGAAAUAUCAGAUCAAGGACUUCCGGGAGAAGAACAUGGACUACAUGCGGCCGGACAUCGUGGCCCUCCUGCGGGGCAGCGACAGCUCCUACGUGCGGGAGCUCAUCGGCAUGGACCCGGUAGCCGUGUUCCGCUGGGCGGUGCUCCGGGCCGCCAUCCAGGCCAUGGCUGUGCUCCGGGAGGCUGGGCGCCUUCGGGCUGAGAGGGCCGAGAAGGCUGCAGCAGGUCUGGGCAGCUCUGGUGCCCGAAGUCACCUGGGAGAGCUGCACAGAGGAGCCAGCACCCCGUCAGAAAAACUGUACCGCUGUUCAAUGCUAGAUUUCUCAUUUGACGGCUCUGAGGAGUUCGAUAUUAACGCUUUUGAGGACAUCAUUGCUUUCUAUGAAAGCAAGAACGAUUUGCAUGACCAAAUCAUCAAGACCAUCAAAGGAUUGCCCUGGCAGGGUGAGGAUCCCCGUAGGCUUCUCCAGUCCCUCAGUCGGCUCCAGAAACCCCGCACCUUCAUCCAGAAAAGUAAAGGUAUCAAACAAAAGCAGAUCAUUCCAAAGAACCUGCUGGACUCCAAAUCCCUGAAGCUCAUCAUCAGUAUGACCCUGCACGACCGCACCACUAAGUCCCUGCUGCACCUGCACAAGAAGAAGAAACCACCCAGCAUCAGCGCCCAGUUCCAGACAUCCCUUAAUAAGCUCCUGGAGGCACUGGGGAAGGCGGAGCCCUUCUUCAUCCGCUGCAUCCGCUCCAACGCUGAGAAGAAAGAGCUGUGCUUCAAUGACGAGCUGGUGCUGCAGCAGCUGCGCUACACAGGCAUGCUGGAGACCGUGCGGAUCCGGAGGUCGGGCUACAGUGCCAAGUACACGUUCCAGGAUUUCACAGAGCAGUUCCAGGUGCUGCUGCCCAAGAACGCCCAGCCCUGCAGGGAGGUCAUCUCUGCCCUGCUGGAGAAGAUGGACAUAGACAAGAGGAGCUACCAGAUCGGCAAGACCAAGGUUUUCCUGAAGGAGACAGAGCGGCAGGCCCUGCAGGAGACACUGCACCGGGAGGUAGUGCGCAAGAUCCUGCUCCUGCAGAGCUGGUUCCGGAUGGUGCUGGAGCGCAGGCACUUCCUGCAGAUGAGGCGGGCAGCUGUCACCAUCCAGGCCUGCUGGCGGUCCUACCGCGUCCGCCGGGCACUGGAGAGGACGCAGGCGGCAGUGUACCUCCAGGCUGCGUGGAGGGGCUACCAGCAGCGAGUAGCCUACCGGCGCCAGAGACAGAGCAUCAUCCGCCUGCAGAGCCUCUGCCGGGGUCACCUGCAGCGCAAGAGCUUCAGCCAGAUGGUGGCGGAGAAGCAGAAGGCUGCAGAGAAGGAGAGGGAGACCCAGCAAGCCGCAGCGAGGGAGAAGACCGCCGAGGCCGGGCUGGGCCAGGCAGUCAGGCAGGAGCCCGCGCAGGGCCCAGAACUGUCGGAGGACCGUGAGCCGGUGGCGCAGGGCCCAGAACUGUCAGAGGACCGCGAGCUGGUGGCGCAGGGCCCAGAAAUGUCGGAGGACCGCAAGCCGGUGGUGCCGGAGCCCGAGGCAUGGCCCAGCGAUGGGACCCUGGGGGAGAGCUUCCAAUCCGAGAAGAUCCCGAGCCCGGAGAAGGAGGCCCCAAGCUCGGAGAAGGAGGUCCCGAGCCCAGAGAAGCCGCUUCCACCCCAGAGGAGCGCAGCCGAAAGUCACGAGAAAGUGCCCAGCAGCCGGGAAAAGCGCGAGUCGAGGCGUCAGAGGGGGCUGGAGCACGUUAAGCUCCAGAACAAACACGUCCAGUCCUACAAGGAAGAGCACGCCCUCCGAGAACCUUCCAGGAGGGCUGCCCCAGAGCACGAGGAGAGCCACCCAGAAAACAGAAAGGAGAGCAGAGAAGAUGAAACCCCUCCAGAAGCAGGGACGGAGACUGAGAUCGCUUCUCCUAAAAAGCAGCCCACAGGGCCCCCACAAGCCAUGCCAGGCAGCCAGGUCUUGGAGGAAGCCCAGGGCAGGAGCCCCGGGCCCGGCCACCUGGAACGGCCCACCAGCCUGGCUCUGGACAGCAGGGUCAGCAUGCUGGUCCCCAGUGCCACCCCAGAGACUCCCAAGGACAAAGGCAAGCUGGGGGUCAGCCCGAGAGCCCAGGACAGGCCUGAGAGCCCUGGAGGUGCCACCCAGAUCCAGCGGUACCGAGACUCAGAUGCCGAGCGGCUGGCCAACGCCGUGGAGCUGUGGCGGGGCAAGAAACUGAUGACCGCUGGCCCUAGCGCCAUGCUGAGCCAGUCCCUGGACCUCAGUGAGCGGCACCGGGCCAUCGGGCCUGCCCUCACACCCACAGAGGAGAGGCGCAUUUCCUUAUCCACGAGUGACGUCUCCAAGCUCCUCCAGUCCCCAUCCCAGACCAAGACUCAGCCUUCAGCCGAAACCGUGGAUGGGGAGCCAGGCACCAAGAAGCCAGCCAUCCAGAAGAAGAAGUCAGGCGAUGCAUCCUCCGGCCCAGAUGCAGGGCUGUCCCCAGUCUCUGCUGACUCUAAAUCCACAUUUAAGAGACUUUUCCUGCAUAAGAACAAGGAUAAGAAAUACAGCCUGGAGGGCGCAGAGGAGAUGGAGAACACAGCACCUGCGCACGUCGUGCUGGAAGCCACCACCAUGAAGAAGAACCUAGAAGCCCCCUCCGGCUACCAGCACCGCCACACCUUGGGCGAGAAGCACACCAAGGAGCCAGGAGGCAAAGGGAAGAAGAACCGAAACCUCAAGAUCGGUAAAAUCACGGUGUCAGAGAAGUGGCGGGAGUCGGUGUUCCGCCAGAUCACCAACGCCAACGAGCUCAAGUACCUCGACGAGUUCCUGCUCAACAAGAUAAACGACCUGCGUUCCCAGAAGUCUGCCAUCGAGAGCUUGUUCAUCGAAGCCACCGAGAAGUUCAGGAGCAACCUCAAGACCAUGUACUCCGUCCCUAAUGGGAAGAUCCAUGUCGGCUACAAGGACCUGAUGGAGAACUACCAGAUCGUCGUGAGCAACCUGGCGGCCGAGCGCGGUGAGAAGGACCCCAACCUGGUCCUCAACCUCUUCCAGUCGCUGCUGGACGAGUUCACCCGCGGGCACACCAAGAACGACUUCGAGCCUCCCAAGCAGAGCAAAGCGCAGAAGAAGAAACGAAAGCAGGAACGCGCUGUCCAGCAGCACAAUGGGCAUGUGUUUGCCAGCUACCAGGUGAGCAUCCCGCAGUCGUGCGAGCAGUGUCUCUCCUACAUCUGGCUCAUGGACAAGGCCCUGCUGUGCAGUGUGUGCAAGAUGACCUGCCACAAGAAGUGUGUGCACAAGAUUCAGACCUACUGCUCUUACACAAGUGGGAAGAAGAUCGAGCCAGGCACUGAGCCAGGCCACUUUGGCGUCUGCGUGGAUAGCCUGACCAGCGACAAAGUCUCGGUGCCCAUCGUGCUGGAGAAGCUCCUAGAACACGUGGAGAUGCACGGCUUGUACACUGAGGGCCUCUACCGCAAGUCAGGGGCCGCCAACCGCACGAGGGAGCUCCGGCAGGCGCUGCAGACGGACCCCACAGCAGUCAAACUGGAGAACUUUCCCAUCCACGCCAUCACCGGGGUGCUCAAGCAGUGGCUGCGGGAGCUGCCCGAGCCCCUCAUGACCUUUGCCCAGUACGGAGACUUCCUCCGCGCUGUUGAGCUGCCAGAGAAGCAGGAGCAGCUGGCCGCCAUCUACGCUGUCCUGGAGCACCUGCCAGAGGCCAACCAUAACUCCCUGGAACGGCUCAUCUUCCACCUGGUCAAGGUGGCCCUGCUCGAGGACGUGAACCGCAUGUCACCCAGUGCACUAGCCAUCAUCUUCGCACCCUGCCUCCUGCGCUGCCCUGACAACUCGGACCCCCUGACCAGCAUGAAGGACGUCCUCAAGAUCACCACGUGCGUAGAGAUGCUCAUCAAAGAACAGAUGAGGAAGUACAAGGUGAAGAUGGAGGAGAUCAACCAGCUGGAGGCUGCUGAGAGCAUCGCCUUCCGAAGGCUCUCUCUCCUGCGACAAAACGCUAUCAAGAGCCCUAAGACCCGAGGGAGCAGCAGUGGUGGCCUGGAGGAGCUGGGGGUGCUGCCGGAGGAGGAAGUGGCUGGUGGUGAUGAGGAUCGGGAGAAGGAGAUCCUCAUCGAGCGGAUCCAAUCCAUCAAGGAGGAGAAGCAAGACAUCACAUACCGGCUGCCAGAGCUGGACCCUCGGGGCUCCGAUGAGGAGAAUCUGGACUCAGAGACAUCAGCCAGCACCGAGAGCCUGUUGGAAGAUCGGGCCGGGCGGGGGGCCUCGGAAGGGCCCCCCGCGCCUGCUCUCCCCUGCCCUGGCGCGCCCACCCCGAGCCCCCUCCCUGAGGCGGCCACCCCUCCUCGACGAAGGCCGUCGUCCUUCUUGACGGUCAGAGUGAAGACCCCCCGGCGGACCCCCAUCAUGCCCACGACCAACAUCAAGCUCCCGCCCGGCCUGCCCUCCUAUCUCCCUGGCCGGGUGCCGGGUGCCCAGGAAGCUGCUGCCCUAGUGAGGCGCCGAGAGCCGCCUGCCCGCCGCCCGGACCAGGUACACUCUGUGUAUAUCACACCCAGUGCUCACCUGCCCGCUCAGGGCACUCAGGAGCCUCUGGACAAGGAUGACCGGCCACCUGGGGCCAAGCGGAGGUACUCAGACCCCCCGACCUACUGCCUGCCCCCAGCCUCGGGCCAAGCCAAUGGCUGAGGGCCCACAGCUGCUGGAGUCCACACGUCCAAGGAUGGCCUGGUGCCAGAGCUAGGCACCAGCGCUCCAGAGUCAGCAUUCAGUGGUCUGAGAAGGAUCCGGAAUGAAAAGCUCCAAGAGCGAUGCGAGGUGGGCACUGGCUCCAAGUGAGUCCAGGCAGGGAAAGGCUGGCGGAAGCCCAGCCACCCUUGCUGAGCCCCCAUGUCGCACAGAGGCGCCCGCCCAGAGCACUGAAUCAUGGCGGGCAGCCUGGCAUCUCCCAACUCCCCUUUUGUAUGUUUUUACGGUAACUUUUUCUUUGUGCGUGGUUUACAUAACGUUAAACUGUAACAGCCUUAACAGAAGACCAAAUUGUUUUUUUAUAUGUGUACGUACAAACUUUUUAUUAAUGCCCUGCAUCUCCUUUAUAACCUGGACAUGAGUCUUCAGAGCAAAGCCCACACAGCCAUCAAGCUUCAUAAGCUCAGACCCACGCUGAGGGAUAGCUUGGAGGGCAGUCUGAGGGCCAGGACUCUGCAUGAAUUGUUUGGACACUUGGGGCACCUUACUACCCCAAGUCUGUCUUGGACUCGUACUCUGGUCCAGCCAGUGGCCACCUGGCCAAUGUGCAUUCAAGGGAGCAGUGGAGCCUUCCGUGAUGAUGACUGUUGGCUGGAGCCAGGACCUGAGGUGGUAGGCAGCCUCCGUCCAGGUACCAUAGACCUCACAUCCUAGGGAGACUCGACUCGAAUCGAAUGUGGCCAUCACUCCUCUGUCUACUGUGACCUGGACCCAGGAAGCCAGAGGAGGCCGCCCUUGGCACUGUCCGCCCAGUGUGGCAGAACAGGAGCCCGAAGUUCAGGACCACUCAUGGGUGGGGAGGGCAAGGCCUGGGGUUGUACGUCCCUACAAGUCAACAAUGACAGCCUAGGCCUCUGGCAUCUCUGGAGUGGGGCUCCCCUCUGAGGCUCAGCCCACUCUCCAGACACCUGAACACAUGGCCACAGGUCUGGGACCAGAGGCACCCAGAGGCCACAUGAAAUAAAGAAAAAGUGCCUGA